AGUCGAGAUCGAAGUCGGAAUGCUGUUAAAUCUUCCUAUUCCCAAAACCACCAAGCCAAGUCUUUUGGAACGUGGAAGCCUCUAGACUCUCCUUCCACUAUUUUUAACUUCUACUCCAUCUCCAAAUCCCUCCUCCUACUCCUCCUUGUACCCCUUCCUUCUUCACCAAUACUACUUCCUUCUCUUACCAAACAAAAAUAAAAAAUAAAAAGAAACAAAACUCUCUUCUAGGCUCAAUUUGCUCUAUCUCUUUCUCUUUCCCUCUUCCUUAACUACAAAACUAGAAAAACAAAAUUAAAUAACCUACUUCCGUCAGUUGAUAUUUUGGAGAUGGGAACUUUGGUAGGGCAUGUCGCUCCCGGUUUUGGUUUCUUCGUCAUUGGAUUAUGGCACCUUCUUAAUCACAUCAAGCUCCAUGUUAUGCGUCCAGACUCCUAUACGUCGCCAUCUUGGUUCCCCACCUCCAAAUACAGGUAUUUGGAGCUCUACUCGAUUAUGGCAGGUUCUUGUGCCUCCAUAGUCAUGGAGCUUUUCAUUGGCCCCGAACGACACCAACCUUUUAACCCCGACGGAACCAUCCCUUCCAACCAUCUCCACAACCUGGAGCACUCUUCCAUCUCCAUCACCUUCUUCGUCUACGCGGCGUUCGCCAUCGUUCUCGAUCGAACCAGGCCCAAGGCCCAUUUGGAGUUGACUCAGUUGUUGGGUGCCGUAGCAUUCGGGCAACAGCUUCUUCUGUUCCACCUGCACUCUGCGGACCACAAGGGACCCGAAGGACAAUACCACCUGCUUCUGCAGCUGGUGAUCGUUGCGUGUUUAAUAACGACUGGGAUGUCGAUUGGGUUCCCGAAGAGUUUCUCUGUGAGCUUUGUGAGGUCGCUCGGCAUUUUGUUUCAGGGCUUGUGGCUGAUGGUGAUGGGAUUCAUGCUGUGGAUUCCGGAGGUGAUGCCCAAAGGGUGCCAUCUGAAGUUGGAAAAGGGUCACCAUGUGGUGAGGUGUACCGGAGAUGAAGCGCUUCACCGAGCCAAGGCUCUUAUAAAUAUCCAGUUCAGUUGGUGCUUCAUCGGAGUAGCCAUUUUCGGGGUUUCUCUCUACUUGGUUAUGGUUAAAGUUUACGAAGAAUAUAUAUGUGUGAGUAAAAGGGAAGAGCAACAGGUAGUAGUAGAAGAAGAAGACUACUCGGAUGACGUUGAAUCCCAAAAGACAAGUAGUAGAUUACAUUCAUAUCACCAAAUCACCUCUUAGACAUAUAAAAAAUUGAUAGAUAGAAUUAAUUAGUUAAGAAAACAAACAAAAAAUUGACGUUGUUCUAUGUGUUAUAAAUUAGAUGUUGAUACAGGUUACUUAGCUAGCUGGGUUGAUGGGAUCCUCUUUUUUCUCUCUUUUUUUUUUUUUUUUUUUUUUGGGGAUAAGACUUAAAUUGUGUGGCUUUAAUUCAAUUAAAAAGUUAAAAGAAGAGGAGGAAUGGAAAUUGUUUGGUUUUCUUUCAUAUGGCUUUUUAGUUUUGGUCAAUCAGUUCACCAACUUCUUGUAAAACGCACGGCCGGGAUGUGCUUAUUAUUAUUAUUAUUGUUACAAAAAAAAUUAUAAAAAAAAAAUAUAUAUAUUUUCUUCCUCUUAAGCCACCAACUUAAUUGUAAAGGAAUUGUGUUUGAGUUGAUCAUGUAACUUCAGCUUCUUCUUCUUCUUCUUUUGUUUAUUUAUUUAAAUGUCCGAGUUCUUAUGAUUUAUCUUUUUUUUUUUUUUAAGGUUUUAUAUAUAUGCACGUUGUUAAUUUUAUGUACACACCCUGAUAAUAAAUCUAUAAAUGAUUCAAAUUAGUCA